AUGGAAAUUCAGGAAGCCUUCCAUAACAUCCUAAACCCAAAUUUCAGAGAUCCACAACUAACGGUGUGGUCUUGUCUUAUUGUAGGUAAACUCAAGCUGAACAUGGAUGGAAGCUCUAAAGAAGACCCUGGACAAUCCGGUUAUAAAGAACUGCUUAGAGAUGAAUUGGGAACCUGGAGGACUAACCAUUAUCAUGCAAAAGGGUUGACCAAUAUUGAUAUCGAGUCAGACUCACAGACAGCUAUGGAGCUUAUUCUUGAUGGUGCUGAGAUGAACUCACCUUAUAGAGCUCUCAUUGAAGAUGCCAACUUUCUCUUAGGGAGGUGUCAAUGCUCAAUCACAUCCAUACCUAGGGAAACUAAUAGCUGUGCAGAUGAUUUGGCCAAUCUAGGAGUCAACCAACAAGAGCUCACUAUAUUUCUAGAUGACCCACCUAACUCCAUCUGUCCUCUAUUAAUCACUGACAUGAGGAAUAUCAGCUCUAGCCGGGAUUAA